AGGUACUGUUUGCCCUUCCGAUGAAACGGUAGCAGCUCCGUCACCAGAUACAAGUCAAGCUAGUAUUGCUAGUAGUUCAAAUAAGAAAUCAGCAGCCAAAAAGGGAACAGCUUCGGGUAAAAAAAGAAAGUCUCGGAAGAAACUAUAUUGUAUUUGCCAGAAGCCUUAUGAUGGUGAGCCAAUGGUACAAUGUGAUAAAUGUUCCAUUGUGAAUGUGUUGGGUUUGAUCCUGAGGAUACAGAUGUAGAAGAUGAUGCUGAAUGGAUCUGUAAAACUUGUAUUGAAGACAAUAAAAAAGAACAGGAAUCACUAUCAACUGACAGCCAACAAAAUAGUAUCACAAAUGUGAACAUGACGGCAACUGCUAAUGCUUCUCCUACGAUAAGCGCACCCAUACCCACACUUGUCAAUCCCACAACCACAUCUAUAUCAACAACACGGCAAUCGAGAAGUGGUCGCUCACAAUCUAAAUGUUUAUAUGCAGGCUGCCAAAACCGUACGCGCGCCGAUUCUUUCUGCAGUGAUGUCUGCGCUAGAAAACAUAAUGAGGACUUAAACAGUACAACUCGUAAUAUGCGUCGUCAUAGCUCUGCCGCCAAUCGCAUUCACGCCAUGACUGGUGUGACACCAUCAACAGCAGUUUCAAGUGGCCAAACAACCAACAGUUCUACUACUAAAGGGACAGAAGCCAUCAUAAAAAGUACAGGGAUGGAUAUUGAUACUGACAAUGCCAAUGUGGUAGACGACAAUGAGGAUGAUGUAGCGAUAGACCAAGAUGAUGAGAAGGACGAAGAUGUAAAAAUGGAGGAUAUAAUUGAAGAGGAGGACGAUGGUGAUGAUAGUUUGAAUGAGGAAGAUGAAGAAGACGAAGAAGAUGAAUUUGAAUUCAAAGCCAAGCCCGUCAGCACUUCGCCUAAAACCACUCACAGUAAGAAUAGAAGAAAAUCAUCAGCAACCAAAACCAAAGCAUCUCUGGAGGGUGGUAAAGCACCAAGCGCCAAAUCGCCUUCUGAAAAAGAAAAAGUAGCAUCCUCCUCAGCAACUCAAACACCGAGUCAAUCAGCAUCACCCGAGGAAAAUCCUAUUCGUCGCAACGUUAUAAAAAGUAUGACGAAUGUCUUGAAACCUAUAUUUGAUGCUGCUCUGGAAAAGAACCCAGGGAUGCUUGUUACUCCUCCUCCUACAGCUACGACAAGUACUGCAGCCGAAAAUGCGGAUGGGGAGAGUAAAAGCAGUGAAUUAUCUCAAAAUAGAGCGGAACAGCUGGCUAGAUCCAUUGAAAGUGCUAUGUUGGAACAAUUAGGCGAGAGUAAGGGUGGGCACAAAGUACCUGGCGACCAAUACAAGAGUAAAUUCCGUUCUCUGUUGCACAACUUGAAAGAUAAAGCGAAUCAAGUCUUCCAAUUACGUGUCAUUACCGGAGAUCUGACACCGGUCGAACUGACCGGUAUGUCUUCUGAAGAUAUGGCCAACCCAGAGCUGAAGUCGAAGGACGAGGAUAUGCGUAAAAAGUCACUCAAAAACUCUGUUAUGAAAAUAGAAAAUAUGCCUAUUAUCAAAAAGACACACAAAGGAGAUAUUAUUAUGUUACCUAAUAUGGAUCAUCAGGAAACAGAAGAAAGCAUGUAUUCGAAGGAAGUGCAAGAUGAACUACUAAGGAUUUCCAACGCUUCUAGGGCAACAACAACAACAACAACAACAGGAGCAACAGAUGAUGAUGGCGGAAGAAGUGGUAGUGGAACACCUAUUAGUAGCAGAAGCCGUAGUGCUAGUUAUAGUCAAACACCAACUCCCUCUGACGAAAAGCGGUUCAGCUUUGGAGCCGCCGGCGCGAAGGUUGAUCCAUUGAACAACAUAUUGUCCCGGUUAGGCGCUGCCAACAGUAGUGGUAGUGAUAGCGAUGGUCCUUCUUCUACCAGCGGCAACGCAACAAAUAAACGCAGUAACUCAUUGCUCACACCUAGUACAGAAGAAGAUAUGGAAGCCAAAAAGAGAAAAUUGAACGAAGAUUUGGAAAAAAUGUUAGGAGAAGAUGAUGAAACGCCUUUUAUGGUAGAAGACGUCGUCCCUGAGGAUACAACAGAGUCAGAAGAGAUAAAGAAUGUCAGUGAACCUGUCCAACAACAGCUAUCAUCUACUAUCUGGAAAGGCCGUGUCAAUAUGCCUCAAGUUGCAGAGUUCGAGGCUUCUGCUCGUCAAAUCGGUGGUCGUAUCUUAAACGAAGAAGAGUGGCAAGAAGUCCUUUCGCCAAACAUGUGGAUUGAGGGACGCAUCCGCACGGAAAGCGUUACUGAUUACGUUACACAAACCCAAUAUUCGAACAGUCGUGAAAUUGUUCUCAUUGAAGUAGAAGCAGAAGGAGGUGAUGACAAUCAAGAAGCACAGUCGCUAUUGCACUAUUUGGAAUCACGAAAACGAUAUGCUGUUGUUGGUCAUAAUAAGACACGUAUUAAAGAUUUCUACUUGAUACCACUUUAUAAAACACAGGAAAUUCCCGAUUGUUUGUAUGUUGUACGUGUAGAAGACAGAAAGAAACGGCCUGUGGAUGUUUUUCUGGGCGUUUUAGUCUUGACGAAACAAAAGCUUCAACCUCAUCAUGGUCCAUCGGAUGGCACAAUUACAGCAGAACCAACUGCUAUGGAUGCUUCUCGAUCUCUCCCUAUUGCAGUUUCUGAGGCCUCCACAUCUCUUCCUACGGUGGAAACUACAGCAACAGUCCCUCCCAUUUUACCUCCAGAGCUACAGUUCUUGCAACAUUUACCUCAAUUAGCUCAACUAGCUUCCCAACAACAACAAUCUCACCAAUCACAGCCAUACCAAGCGUCAUAUAGCAGUUAUCAAGCAGCAGUAGCACCAGUAAGCCAGCAAGCUUAUCAACCUUCAUAUGGUUAUCAAGCAGCUCCAAUUGCUGGGUCUUCCAGUAUUAACACAGGUAGCGGAUACCAACAAAAUUAUAAUCAUUCUCAUCGACCACAGCAACGUAAUCAGCGCCAAAGGAGCAAUAACAAUAACAGACGCCACCAUUACAAUAAUAAUGUUAAUAGUAAUGGUAAUAGCUAUCAUCCCUCUUAUCGAAAAUAACUUAUACCUCGUACACAACUUAUUGAGCCCAUAAAUAAAAAAUCAUCUCCCGUUUCCUGAAAGGGACGGGGCCUACUGAAUGUAGUUAUAUUAGGUUUUCUUACAUGUAUUUUUUUACAUACACUAAACUAACAGAAUCUACAUGUGGAUUCUAUGAAACUGCAUAUGUUGAUAAAAUAAACUUAUGAAAAUUAGUGUUUAGC